AUGAGCUCCGACUCGCCCUUCUACUCGUUCAAGAUCAACGACCUCCGUGGCAAGCCCCUGGAUCUCGCCCAGUUCCGCGGCAAGGUCGUUGUCGUCGUCAACGUUGCCUCCAAGUGCGGCCUCACCCCGCAGUACACUGGCCUCGAGAAGCUGUACCAGGACCACAAGGAUGAGGGCCUCGUCAUCAUCGGCUGCCCUUCCAACUCCUUCAACCAAGAGCAUUCCGAGGUCGAUGCCAUCGAGACUGUCUGCCAGCGCAACUAUGGCGUCAGUUUCCCCAUCACCGAGGUGAUCAGCGUCAACGGCUCGGACGAGCAUCCUCUCUACAACUACCUCAAGUCCGAGGCCCCCGGCAUCCUUGGCCUGAAGAUGAUCAAGUGGAACUUUGAAAAGUUCCUGGUCGAUCGCGACGGCAAGGUCAUCCGCCGCUUUGCUCCCACAACGGUCCCCGCCGAUAUGGAGAAGGACAUUGUUGCCCACCUGUGA